UAUGGAGAGACUGUCUUGUUGUAUCUAGUUUCUCUUUUCUUUCUCUCUUUGAUCUUGGUUACCUCGUCAAUAGAGCAUUGGCUGCUGCUGCCGGCUUUGUCCCAGCUUUUCAGCACGCUUGCCGUGGCAGUAGUACCGAUUUUCGUUUAAAAGUAGUGCUCGAGGCCGUGAUAGGACGAUAUUACUCGUUGAGGGGGAGUCCCCUUGAGACACUUCACUGAAACACAGCAUCAUAUCAUAAUCCUUCGUGCAUUCGGGAUUAUGUUAAAGCGUUCGGGCUAUUAAAGGUUGAUGGUAAAUGAGCAACUGCACACCGUCCGUAGCAUCACUGCCUUUCCAUUCUCUUCGUCCUUUUCCCCUUUGCUAGACAUAGCCGAGAUAAUUAUCACCCAUACGACCCCUUACUAAUAAGUCAUGCACCCAUGGGCUGAAGAGGCUUUUAACAUCACAACAAGUCAGGCCAUGCAAAAUGACCAACUUAGGGCCGGCCCCAACAAACUUCGAGUUGCCGAGUAGCUGUGUAGAGGAUCUCCAAAGCGCAUAUUGGUACCACUUGGCUGCGUCGACUGGCUGGUUCCUUGUUCAGGGCCCAGAGGAACAGACGACCUGCUAUCCCAGUGGUUAUGCUGCUUUAAGCUUGAAUCAGAUAUAUUAUUCGCCAGGAAGAUGUCCUACUGGCUUUACCCCUGCUUGCGAAGCCCAUCAAGCCGUAGGCUCUCUUACGGAGACCAUCGUGACGUGUUGUCCUACACAAAACGUUUACUCCUGUCAGACGAACCCUAGUGACAAAUAUCCAUGGCAAUACACCCUUGGUUGCGUUUCCACGGUCCAAAGCGAAAGUGUAUAUACAUUCAAUUCCGUCUCUGGUGGGGUGACGUAUCUCAAGACCUCUACUCUCGUAUCCAGCAACGGGUUCAACGCAUACUCUGUACAAAUUCGGUACCAGUCUACUGACUUUGUCGCAACUACUACAUCCACCAAUACUAUAAGCACAGGGUCAACCUGGGCGACAGCCAUAUCUGCGAUCCGUCCAACCAAUCCACAUGACAGCAGCAGCAACAUUAACGACGCCAAGUCCACAGAUAACAUUAGUGCAGGCGCGGCAGCUGGGAUAGCUAUUGGUGCCUUCACGGGGCUCUUGAUCGCCAUAGCUGGAGUCAGUUAUCUCCUUUGGCGCAAAAAGCGGCAGCGCCGGGCGUUGCGUAGAGUGGCAGAGCUUCAAGGCCAGCCGAACCAUGGACCUUUAUCACACCAUUUAGGGAAAAAUCCGGGGCAAUAUGAACCUUGGCGCGCCGAAAAGCUGGGCCAUGGUCAACUUGUUAUUAGCGAGCUGGUUGGUGGUCCCCCAGCUGCCAAUGAGUUGAAUGGCCAGCCGCUUCUUAAUGAAUUAGAAGCGAAAUGAAUCGCAUUGAAAUUUUGGACAAUAUAGGAUACCGAGUCGAGAUAAUAUAGUGCAGGUAGACUAGUUGUAUAUACUAUGUAGAGUCAAGCCACCAAGACCAAGAAGGAAUUGGUUGGCUAAGGACUUUCGCAACCCUAGUAAAUCAUUACAUUAUGAAUAGCAUCGAGUUUCAAGCCCAAAUCUCUGCCCUUGUUAUACAAGCAGCAUAAAUGAAAACUCGGGGGAAGCUGAGACAGCAUGUUGCAGACGAUAAUGUGUAAAUAACCAUAACCUAGUGUGUGUAUCCAUCCCGUUUGACAAUUCGGUAUUAUAGGGCAAGGGCUUCAUGAAUAAACAAGUAAGAGAUAAGCCAAAGAACAAAAAAUCGAAUAGUCUUCAGCAGCAAACACGAAUUGACAUCUGCAAACGGAAAAAAUAUGCAUCAGCCGUGAAUCGAAC